AUGGCUUCUUAUACUGAUGAUGCUCUAAAGCCUGGUAGACCUGCUAAGCAGGCAGAGGAGGUGAAGGAGCAGAUAUUUCAACAAUCUCUAAGGAGUCAAAAUCUCUGCCUCUACCGUCUAGAGGGUGUUAAGAGCAGUAGGAUACAGGAAGACUAA